GGCUUUUUCGGAAUCGCCAUACGACAAUUGGAGUCGACGCGAGGGCGCUCAAGGAAGAACAAACUUGAAGCAGUCCCCUGUUCUUUUACGACAACAACUAUCAUUCAGUCCGGAAUUUCAAUCGUCUCUUGUCAUACUGGAAAUUCGGUCUUUAGCUUCGCCGGACAAUUACACAAAUCUUACCUGUCGUGUAAUCUUGCGAGAGAUACUGGAAUGUUCUAAUGUGUUACAUGAAUCCUCGGCAGCCUGCAUAAUCGACCGAAGUUACCACGGAACCGGAUCAUCUGUUGUCUCAUUAUUAACUCAAUAUUGGACGACGACGGGGGGAAGAUAUAUACGCUUCAAUGGACGUUACCUUCACCACGUGGGCUCACGCCAAACCCAAGACGACGGGUUCAUCACCACAACGAAACCAUACGCAUUUAGCAAAGGCAACCAUGACUGGAUUAAUACCGUUAUUACUACCGUCUUCUACCGGUAGUAAUAGAUCAAGCCCUAGCUCGUCUCCUAUCGAUGCAGGCCGGAGAGCUUCCGUAUCGAUAUCUACAUCGCAACCCGCGCCCUCAUCUUUAGUCCAUCGGCGACAACAAUCUUUACCCUCGCUGAAGACACCCAAGCGUUCUUCUCUCGCUUUGCCAGCUGUGCUCCCGAGUAUCCCCUUCACUUCCGGGGAAUGGAAGAAUGCUAUGGACGACGUGAAGCGCAAAUAUCUCAACCGCAAAUAUCGGGCGUGUUCGGCAAGGUGCUGUGAGAUUCUAGAAAAUGUCAAAGAUACAUCAACAGUGGAACCUCUCCAUUUGAUUUACUUACACUUUUAUGCUGCAUCUUCGUUUGAGCUUUGCGCGCGACCUUUAUCCAAUUCGUCUAACUAUCGCACAAGGUUACUUCGCGAUGCUCAAGUACACUAUGCCAAGGCUGAAGAGUUAAUUCAGAAUACAGAGGAUAAUGUAAACGGAAGAACGAGAUCUAUAUCGACGAGCUCGACUAUGUCUGGUAUGAAUUCUCCGGGGUUGUCUAGUGUACGAUCAUCAGUCUCGAGUACAACAUUUUCAUCACCGAGGACCUCGGUAUGUUCAACUGAAGAUGGUGUAAUACUGAAGUCGACUUCGAGGCCAGUUAAAGCUAAGAAGAAGGUUUCUUUUUCCGGAUUGAAUGAUCUUAUCGAGUUUCAGCCCGAGCCAUAUAUUCGCCCCGACAGUCCUACGUUAGGAUGGGAAGAGGAUUUCUUCCCUCGCCACUCUAAUCCUUCUCCCUACUCACCUCAGUUUUCGGCGGAGAAGACUAAACCAGCAUCGUCGAAAUCUGAACCAACGAUAGAAACCCAACCAGAAGUAGUCGAGUGCUCUGCGACUAGCGACCAGCAACCAACGGAAGAGUCGAACACUGUGGACGACAAAUUCGACUUGGACACAUUUUUGCAAACAAAAUCCGCGAACAGGAUUUGCGCGCAACUUUCUGCUUUACGCCUACAGGUUUCUUGGCAUCGUACCGGUAUCGAAACCUUGCUUGCCGAAGCCGACGAGACACCGGCGACGCCUACAAUCCCAACAGAAGCCUGGCCUGUUCCUCCUUCGCCUUUUUUUCAGGCGCGUUUUACUCGCUCAAACUCGCUUCCAGUAUUAGACUUGGGAGGAUUGAAUGAUAAGCCGUCAGCAUUGACAACUCCCGGUUCAAGGGAGAGUUUUUCUGGUUCGCCCAAUCCUAAGGCAAUUAACCGACCAGCCUCUGUAGCCUCGACUAUCCGUUGUGGCGAUGAAGCCCUCAAGCAGCGCAUCGAGCGUCUGCGUGCUGGUGGCUGGCAAAGAAAGCGCUUCGAUAGUCGACGGUACGAGGCCUUACGAGAACAAGUCUUAUGCGAACUUGGUGCCUAAGAGAUUACGUUCUGACGCAUGUCAGCUUACAUGCAUGAAUAUUUGCGUUCCA